CAGCUCCACGCGUGCCUCAUUGGGGAUGAGGGCCUUUUCCUAGGCUGAUUCAUUCCCGGCAGACUCAUCCGGGACUGAGAAAUCCCGAGACUGAAACAACAACAGAAAUCGAGUCGGUGAAUAAGGCUGAGUGAGUAGCUUCCUCCUCCCGGUGGUGGUGGUGGUGGUCGUCGUCCUCGAGCUCGUGAUCAUCAUGCCCUCCGCUUGGACCGGCGGUGGCUCUUCCAGUUCCCCUGCGUCUGUGAGUGCCACCUCGGGCUCGAGUUCCAGUUCGGUGAUUGGGCUGAUCGGCCAAGCUUUGACGGCCAACAGCGAGUGGGCCGAGAAGGACGACUUCUUGGACGUCAUCUACUGGGCCCGACAAAUCUUGGGCGUGCUCUUGGGACUCGUGUUCGGCCUAUUGGGCGUGACGGGGGCCAUCGGCCUGAUUGGCUUCGCGGCCGGCAAUGCGGGCGCUCUCUACGCUUACUGGACACUUUUCCAAGGCGUCGACGAAGAGGUAGGCGGUGUAGACGGCGGACAAACUGAGAAGACUGGAACCAAACAGUAUUUGAAGGAGGCUGAUUCAUUCCCGGCAGACUCAUCCGGGACUGAGAAAUCCCGAGACUGA